GGGUUGCCGCUACGAUACCGUCUGCCGACCGAAAGGCUUCAAGUAGCGCUGGAGGACGGUGGCAGCACCCGCUCGCCGCGUGUUAUCAUCGCUCGCGCUUUCUCCCCUAUCGCUGCCGCCGUGGUGCUUCUUGUGCGUCGGUGCGUCUGUGAGUUCGUGUUCUGCGCUGCAUCCUAAGCAGACGAAACGACGACCGUGUGGUUGUGUGUGAGCGUGCGUGUGGCUGGGUUGUUCGGUGCCGCCGGCCCGUGUCUUCUUCUCAAGCCCGGGUUUGCUCUUCGCUAGGUGCCUUGGCAGCGACUUCUCCGGAGCCAUGUUUCUGCCGAGCCUUCGUCGGCGGCGCCGGCUCCGUUCGGCCGUAGACGAAAGGGCGGCAUCGCGCUCCCGGAGGCGUACUACGCACGGACACCGUAUCGGCGUCGCUAGCGCCGCCGCCGCUGAGUGAGAGUGCGGCGCUCGCCGGUGCCGGCGCGGCCCAGCGAAAGCCGGGACCUGUCUACUACAUCAUCGUCGCUUGCCCCGGCGUUGGAGGCGAGUGAGCCGUUCGCCCCUCGCUCAGCGUUUCCCGACAACGACCGUGUCGGGGAGUAAAGGGAGAGUGGUCAUCGGCCGGCGCGGCGCGGUUCCGGAGAGAAGCGAGAUAAGGCCGGCCCACCGUUCGUGCUCGUCGCCUGGACGGACGUCGCGCGUCAGCAACGAGGACAUCUCGCCGCGUUGCGGUUGCCGGCGGAGUCCUUGCAGACCCCGCCAGAUCCGUCCCAAUCGUCCCGUCGUCCGUUCGACUGACGGGUGCCCAUCGCGGCGCGGCUGACACCGCGUCCUUCUUUCGGCCUCUUCGUGGAAGCAGCGCAGCCCUGGCGGCGGUAACGCUGUCGGGCUGCCCGCACUGCUGCAUGGACGAGGGCCGCUUCUGCGUCCUCUCGGCCUACGACAUGAACGGCCUGCCCUCCUCCCUGGACGCCAGAGGGGGAGGAGGGGGCACGGCCGGCACCAACACCGCGACCGCCACCACGACUCCCGGCGGUGCGGUGACCACCACCUGCGCGGGCUCGGUGGGGGGAGCAGACGGGGACCUGGGCUCGGGCUCCACGAGGAGCCGCUCGAUGUGCGCCAGGGCCUGUGCCUCCUUCUCCAGGCUCGGGCGGUGGGAGGUGUGGAAGGCGCUGUUGCUCGGCCAAGUUCUGUCGGGCCUCCUCUGCGGCACGGGAGUCACCAGCCAAAUCCUGCAGUCGCAGCACAACCUACAGAUCCCCACGGCGCAGAGUUUCGUCAACUACGUGCUUCUGUGCGCGGUGUUCACCACGUGGCUGGCGUGCCGGGGCGGCGACGCGGGCCUCAUACCCGUGCUAAGAGCCCGCGGUGGACGUUACUUCCUGCUUGCAUUGGUGGACGUCGAGGCAAACUAUCUGCUGGUCAAGGCCUACCAGUACACCACGCUCACCAGCGUACAGCUGCUGGACUGCUUCACGAUUCCGGUGGUGCUGGCACUGUCGUGGCUCGCGCUGAAGGUGCGCUACCAUCCGGUGCACGUGCUGGGAGUCAGCGUGGCGCUCCUGGGCGUCGGCUGCCUGGUGUGGGCGGACGCGCACGAGGCCUCCCACUCGGCGGGUCAGGUGUCGGCCACGCCCAAUCGGCUGCUCGGCGACAUGCUCUGCCUCGGGGGCGCCGCUCUGUACGGCAUUUCUAACGUGGCGCAGGAGGCCUCCGUCAAGCUCUGCGGCACCGUUGAAUUUCUGGGUGCGCUGGGGCUCUUCGGGAGCGUCAUAAACGGCAUACAGCUAGCCUUACUGGAAAAAGAAAAAGUGGGAGAAAUUCAAUGGGAUGAUUGGCAACAAGUGUCCAUGCUGCUGGGAUUCUCUGGGUGCCUGUUCCUGCUGUACCUGCUGAUGCCGGUGGUCAUCCGGCUAUCGAGCGCCACUGCCGCGAAUCUCUCCAUCCUCUCAGCCGAUUUUUACGCCCUCGCCAUUGGCGUAUUCGUCUUCCACUACAAGUUCCACUGGCUGUACAUGGUGUCCUUCUGCCUCGUGAUCGUGGGCGUGGCGCUGUACUCGGCCAAGUCGACUCCCCUGGGUCUCGGACACCAGGACAGGGACUCGGAGGAAGCGCUGGCCUACACCCCUUCGGGAGUAGGCGUAGCAGGAGGCGGUUGCCCCGUGACCCAGUAUGGGUCAUCCGGCACGGAGCACGGCUCGGCGCCUCUCAUCUCCGUGUCGCACGCCGUAAGCGUGCAUGCAUUCGGAGCGCACCAACACGAGCCGAGUCCCAAGACCAACGGCGCAGUCUCCUGAUCAUGCGGCUGCCCAGCGCCACCGCCCGCUACGCCAACACCGACGACCAACGUUGCUCAAUGAACCACCAACGCCACGCGCCUUUCCCUCUAGUCGACGCCGUGGGGUUGGUUUGCGCGAACGAACGUAUUUUUGUAACACUUGAAGACUUGGGAACAUCUCGGUGUCAGUGUGCAUCUCAUGGAACCUGCCCGUCUGGCCCCGCUGAAAUCACGUGUUCAAAGCUGGGCUCACAUACUUUGUAACUGUGCGCAUAGGCUCGUUGCCGCAUGUGCGAUAAGAAAUUAACUGAACAGGCUUAGUGGUCCUUCACUGUACUCACAGUUUUGUUCCAUGUGCUAUAGACACCGGACACCGUUGUCGAAUUUAGGCUGUGUUGACGGCCUACUGUGGUGUCUCACUGUGCAGAAACAUUGGAAAAACUGUAAUCAGUUGGUAAUAGAAGCAGCCCAUGUUUUUUUUUCAUAUAUUCAUGCAUUACGAAAAGCAUCAUUCACUAUUUUUUUGUUUUUUACUCAAGUGAAGUUUAAGAUUAUGAGUUCAGUACUGUUGUGCCUCAUAAAAGGCAAUCAGCAUCCUGUGUUUUUUUUUUCUUUCGUCCAAGAAAGUUUUCUACGUUGGGCCAACAAGUUGUCCGGGUGCUUCUGCCGUGUCAACAUGUUAUUGUCAUAAUGAUCGUGGCAUGGCUUCUUGAAGAACAAAAGGACAUGUGUUACAGAGGAAGCAUGUGUCAUAUUAUUUGUCGCUAUAUGGCAUAGUGACAUGAUGUUGUGCAAACAAAUUUGCAAGUAUACCCCGCGUAUAUCUGACGUUGAUAAAAUGAAGAGCUCUGACUGGAUGCCUCUGUUGAAUAUGGAGGCAAAGUUUUGCGAAAUUUUAAUGCUAAUUUGAUGAGCUGGAUGAGCUGUUGGGUCUACUAUAGCGAUAGAAUCAUCAUUUAUUGUCAUUACUGCAAGUUUGUGGAUGAAUGUCCUGUUGUCUUGCAUAACGCUGUUUUUUUACCGUAUUGGAAAGUACACGCUCUUGAAUUAAAGAAGGAACGAUGGAGCGACCUUGAAUUUCAUAGGGUUCACCUAGGGCAAAAUGAUUUGAUGCCUACAACCCUCAACAAGUGGUCUAUAGCAACUGGCCAACCGAAGUUAUUGCUCAAGCAAGUGCUCAGCAUAGGCUUGCUAAUGUUGUGCUUCCGGGAUUAAGUUUUGAACUGUUUAGAAACGACUGUUAUUGUCAGCCUGGGUAAGAGGUCAAUAAAUCUAAGGGGUCAUUUUUGAGUUGCUGGCAGAAUUAGUGAAGUAAUGUUGGCGCAGACUUUAAACUCCACGCCAAAAAGUGACUGAUAGGUUGGCUGUUCUCCAAAUUUCGGGACAGAACCCUACAUAAGGGCCAUUUAUGUUGAAGUAAGUAUAUUUGCUUUGAGCCAGUAGUUUAAUAUUUCAGGAAGUUUUCGUAAUGCUUAAAAGACAGGUAUAGUAGUUUAAAAAGAACUACUAUAAAUCAAAAUGCGAUGUUUAUUUUCAGUUUUUUUCCCUCCCACUGACUCGCUCCAAGUGAACGGUAUUCAAAGUUGCUGUGAAAUUGCUCUUGGCUAUGUUUUGGGAGCAUUAAAUUUAUAAAAGUUCUUUCUCUGGUUGCCCUUUACGCAUUUAGCUUAAAAAUACUGAGUGUAAACGAUUCAGCGCUGUAGUUCAGCACAUGUUUCAUCUGCUUAACUAGACAAACAUAUAAGAGCGAAAUGUCAUCCUGUUACUUGCGUCGGCGUUAACGCCAAUUUUCUUUGAUACCGCCUAUGCAGUAGGGGCGUAUAAAAAAUCGUAUUGUAUUUUUGAUCGCCACAAUUGUGACUGUUGCACCAUUGCAGGACUUGUGAAUGUGAUUUAUGUAGAAUUUGCAUCUACCAUGAUGGGACGAUUUUGCAGCUUCCUUCAUGGUGGGAUGAAAAGAUGACUAUCGCCUCAUUUUCGGGAUUUGCGCUGGCAGCUAUUGGAGAGCGUCACUUAAUUUGAACUAUUCACCACGUUUUAGGAAUAUUGACAAUUCUAUUAAGGUACGGCAUUAUACUUUUAUAGGGAACUGUGAUCGCGUAUAAAGCUUCUCAAAAUCCUACAGAUUAGAUUGCUGUGUUACUGUGAAAAACAUAUAUUGAACGAACCUUUAAGGUACUGCAUUUCCCUUAACAUAUUGAGGCGCAUAUUAAUUUACGGCGCUAAUACACUUAUGCACUAAUGUUGUUCACGGUAUAUAAAACAGCGACAAUAUGAGAAAGUGAUGGCGAAACAUCGGAUAAACGUGCCUCCGCUACAAAAGAUUUCCUUUAAAAGUUACAAAUACAGAAUAAUGAGACCGCACACUGUUUAUACACUCCCUUCGCGUAAAUGCUGCGCAAAGAAACGUGUACGAAUGGAAGCCACUGAAACGGCAUUCUGUCAUUUCGGUGCGUUCUCUUCAUCAACGUUUUAUUGCAAUGUUUUUCUACUUCCAGCUGAUGUGCGCCAACUGGCCCGAUACAGUGCUUUAUUAUAUUCACUAGCUUGACUGAAAAAGCGCUUAUAAAUUGAAAGAAUUUUCGCAGUAAUUUGCAAUCGUAAGCGAACGGAAUAAGCAGCUUUGCAGCCGGGUACUGCUCAUGGACGGCUUCAUUAGCGAAUACACGCUGCUGUUCUUGAGUCAUUUUCUUUACUUUUUGCUCAAAGAAACGAGUAAUAACCAUGUGAUUCCACGUAUCGCCGGCUAAUACGAGUUGCCUCCUGCAAUCACGUAGCAAACAAUUAAUGGAUUACCGGCUUGCACCACGAAGCGUAGUGUAAUAUUUUUUUAUUUGCAUUAUUGGGAUGCCGGAAGCAGACGGCUCGACUGAGGGUAAAGGGUAAUUUAUUCGGGCAACACCGCUAAUGUAAUGAAAGAAAACGCUGUGUGUGGAGAGAUGCAAGCCUUUCAAAAAAGCUGUUAUAUUUUGUGCACUCAUAUGGGAGGGGAAGAGAUAAGAGAUAAGCCAGAAAGUCAAAAUAAGGACAGUCUUGAAGAUAUGUCAAUUUCUCUUUGUGGGGGUGUGGGCUUGAACGCCGCUGCGGAACAGCUUUCAUAGGCUGAAAGAGAACAGCCAUUUUCCAUUUUUCGCUCCACGCACUCGCAGAACUGAUUGACAGUUAAUUAAUUAACUGUACACAAGAUGCUCUUUUACGUCAUCCUUUUUUCUUUCUCUUCUUUUAGUGUUUUGUAUGUCUGCUGUUAAGUCACGGGCGGUUGUCAGAAGGUUCUUCUUCCUUAUGGCGGAAUGAUGUAUUCGGGCGCGUAAAGAGCGCUAACAGCUCUCGCAAAUCGCGUUUUUGAACAUUUCAAUGCCAUCCAAUGAUGCUCUCUCUGCACGCUUCUUUUUUCCUGUCUUAUCCUCUGCGCCACUAACAUUGACGGUCAUCCACUAAGCUCAUUGCCGCCUUAUAUUAAUCUUUAACGAAACUCACUGGCAUCAUUCGGUGUCUUUUGAGGUGUAAAAAAAAAAAAACACAGCGUCAAUGCAAAACGUUUCUUUUUCGAAAAGAGUUUUACUUUGACUCUUAUUUUGGAGCAAAGCCCGUGAAUCCGGCAAGGUGCGAAGACUUCAAGCCAAAAACAUUUUUGUUAGACAUCGCGGAAAAAAACGGGGGUAUACAUAUCAAUGAAGCCACUGAAGGAAUAAAACCAUUUGCAAAUGUUGUACGCCAUUGGAGCAACAAAAAUAGUCAUCGUUUUUCUUCGAAUUGCUCGAAGCAUCUACCCGAAGAAUGCUCUGUGAUGUUUAAUUAUUGCUGCUUGAGUAAAUUGCAGGAAAGGUAAUGUGUGGCGAAAGGGGGGGUGAGGGGCUAAUUUAUGCUUAUCAAGACUUGCGUAUUUGUGGAUCGAUCGUAUCGAGCCAUCUAUACUAAAUGCACAUUUUAAUGCGUAGGCAUUCUUUCGAGAGUAGCCCAGCAAAGUCUGUCUGUCAUGCGAAAAGUGUAAUGCCUUGUAUCUACAAGAAAAUGCGUAAUUAGGGAAGUUAAGACAUUUAUUUGUUAUAAUAGUGUAAUAUAAUAAACCUACCCAUGAUGGGUAGCUUUAUAAGCGAUAAGGAACAAUUGAAAAAAAAAAUGAAAUUGAUUCGAAAAAAAAAAAAAAACGUUUGCAUGAGGUCGCCUUGAAUGCUUACUUUCCCGCAUAACGGUGUGUGUGUGCGUGCAGACAAACCUUCUGUGAGGCUGCUGAAUAUAAAAAUAAGAAUAACUGAUUGGUAUAUGCGAUGAUAGUAUAAUAAUAAUAAAUUAUUGGUCGCGUUAAGAACACUGGUAACGUCACCGCGUCAAGGUCAUAGCAAUAAAGAAAAAGAAGAGAAAUUAAAAUGAAACAAAAAGGGGGAAAAAAAACAGUUGUGUAGAAACCGGUUAUGGCGGUGCUCCGGCUCAGUUGAUACGAUCGCUUUGAAGGGGCCAUGCAGCUUCCUAGCAACUCAUCUCCACACCGUUCAAUACGCGGAUCUUAUUUCUUUGGCACCGGAAAAGCGAUGGGGAGGCAUGCAUCAGCUAGGAAAAGCAAGUAAGCAAAAGCAAAGCAACAGCCGAAGCAACGAAUGCUUACGCAUUAGUAGACAAUUCUCAGAAUUUCUGUAGCAUUAUUCGAUGCACUGCUGCAGCCGUGGUAAGGCGGGAUUUGUGUCCUAAGUAGGUCAAGAUCUGCGAGACACUUGCUUCAUGUGUAUCGGCCAACUGUACUUAUGUGCGAUCUACUCUACGAUAGCAAAAAUUAGAAUUUUUUUGCUUAACCAAGCUUCACUUGCAUCAUUCCCGGCGAAAACGUGUGGGCACGACCGCUUUUAACGUGCGCAUUUCAGAAGCUUUCUGAAUCAAAGCUCAUGCUUUACGGGCAAAGGUACCGCAGAGGGAGGCGCGCUCGUUUUGACUGUUUUGUUGAAGUAGAAAAGUAAAUUUGAGAGAUGUGGAAGUGCCGGCGUCCACCCCUUCAAUUCUUGUGACUGUCUGAAACAAAUUGCCCAGCCGUCCGAUCGUCUAGGACCCUCCACGAACCGCCUCUCCGAGUUCACUUUGCUAGAUGUCCGUGAACGCAUCUUCUCGAAGGUGACGCUGUGUCCACUUGUGUCGUGUCGGAACGUCGGAGACCACAGUUUUGUUUGGUGGCCGUAUGUCAACGCAAAUGGCAACCACCGACCAACUGAAGGCCUUCGUCCGGAUUUGAAGCGACAACACUUCGUGGGCCUCGUUCUUUCUGUGAAUCGGCAUGAUAUGUGUACGUACGCAGAUAGUUUAUUGUGAGUGGAACAUUUAUUGAGUGCUGACUGGUGCGUCUUUUUUUUUCACUUUAGUGCGGUAAUUAUGAAUGCAGUGAAUUUACCAGUGCGUAAAUGUCCUCGUGGCUGACUGUGUUAAAUUGGCACUCAUGCUUUCCAAUUUCAGGUUAUCUACUGCGGACUUUCUGUUCCAUGUUUGUGUCAUGUGGCGCACAGGACGCCGUUUAAGUGCGCCCAGCUGCUACGUUUUGGCUAGAUGAACGCUGUUAAAUAUAUCGUUGCCAUGAGUCUUGUAUUUUUCUGUCGCUUUGCACUAGCGUGCCAUAUUUUGUGUUCGUUGUUGCAAUCUUGAAUCAAAACUUGUGCAAUAAAGCUCAGAACAAACGCGAGGAGGUUCGACAGCGAGCGUGCUGCGAGAUGUGUAAAGAAUUGUUUUUACGAAAGCUGUGAACGCUGCCGAUGGGCAAUGCGAAAUUGUUACAUGUAUAUAUGCCAUAGAACACUUAGGCUUAGGUUGGUUGAGAAUGAUAUUUCUUGUUUCUCGAAUAUUUGUAGAAUAAAUGACGUUUUUUUU